UUACAAACACACAUAUCUUCGGGUAGAAGUUAUUUUGCACACCAAGAGCGAGUGAUUCAGCACCCAAAACCUUUGACCGUUGUUAUCCUUUUAAUAGCAUACCCAAGCACAACCAUAUUUUUUUUUUCGGUACCGUUUGACGCUUCAUUAAUUUAUCACAAUAUGGGACAAACUUUCAGUUUUGCCAAUAUCUUUGGCAAAGUAUGGGGGACCCAGAAAGAGAUCCGAAUCCUUAUUUUGGGAUUGGAUGGGGCUGGAAAGACCACCAUUUUGUACCGGCUCCAAAUGGGGGAAGUGGUGACCACCAAACCCACCAUCGGCUUCAAUGUGGAAACUUUAAAGUACAAAAACUUGACGUUGAACAUAUGGGACUUAGGUGGACAGACGUCGAUCAGACCUUAUUGGAGAUGCUAUUACAACAACACGGCGGCGGUGAUUUUUGUGGUGGAUUCCACUGACAAAGAUAGAAUUGACAUUGCUAGUAAAGAGUUGCAUUUGAUGCUAAAAGAAGAAGAGCUUUUGGACAGCGCCUUGUUGGUGUUUGCCAACAAGCAGGAUCAGCCGGGGGCAAUGACGGCUGCCGAGGUGUCGCAGGCGUUGAACUUAACGGAGUUAAAGGAUCGAAGCUGGAGUAUAGUUGCUUCUAGUGCCUUGAAGGGAGAAGGUUUGACCGAAGGGUUGGAUUGGUUGAUGGACGUGAUCAAGGAAGAGCAGUUGUAACGGUGACUGCUAUAGUAGCUCGUGUCAUUGUAAAUGAUGAAUAUGUAUGUAUAUAUUUAAUGCACCAAGCCAUUUAUGAGUGGUGGUUCGCUUUGGCUCGCUCAUCGCUCUCGUGCACACGGGCCAAAAUAAUCUUGAUCAUCUCGUUUCCCACCGAGUUGGCUUCCUUGAGCAUCGGUGAGAAGAACUGUUGCACGUCCUCAAACUUGGUUCGAUAAAGGUCGUAAUUACCAUGAGUCACCAAAUCGGACCACUGCCGGGCAGCUAUCACAAACUCCAAAUCAUCGGUUCGAAACGUAGGAUCCGAACAUGCCACCUCGAUUGACUCCUCAAGGAGCCCGGGCGUACAGAAAAGGUACUCCGUGACCCCCAAAAAGAUCCGGAACAACGGGGUGGAGCAGAUGAUAUGAUCGUAUGGAACCACCCCAAGCGAGAUCCACGUAUCUGCUAUAGCCAACAAUGACAAAUGUGAGUUGGGCUGCCGGCCACCCGGUGGCACUUGGCUCAAUGAGUACUUUUCAAGGAGAUUGUCGUCAAGGAGAAGCUCAUUUUCAUUUAUAUGCUUGAAGAGGCUUCUGGCCUUAAGCAAACGGGCCCGUAGGUCUUCCCUUUUUCCCUGAAUCAUCAACGAAAAGAGCUCCAGCGCAGAUUUGGAGUACUGAAGAAUCUGUGUGUGUGCGGACGGGUUGGUGAUGGCCAACCCUGCGUAGACGUGCCAUUUGUUGGAGAAGAUUCGCAUGGAGAUGUUCAUUUUGGCGUUCUCGAUACCUCCUGACCACCGGGGGGUUUCCCACGGAUACUGGUGAGUCGACCGCCAGGCGGAGCCCAUCGACAAGAAGGCUGCGUGUGUAACCGCCUGAGUGUCGGCGGUAAUCUGGUCGUGCUGUUUGGCGGUCAAGUAGACGUGCUUGGACUUCAAACAAGACAUUAGUGACUCCACGAAGUCAAAGUCAUCGUCGUUGGCCCGGUGCUUAAUCAACACCAAUGGCUGCCCUACAGGGUUGACGUUGGGGCCAUGUAGGGAGUGGACAGUGAUGAUCUUAAUAUCUGAGGGACAAUACUGUUCGAAUGCCUCCACCUCUGGCUCCUUACAAGAAGUCUGUCCACCAAUAAUGGCACCAUACUUGGACGACGGGGCGUACGUGGCAAUCACCUUGCCGAUGGCCUUGGCCUCCACACUGUAAAUCACAUAGUCGCUGACCCGUGACACGUAGUGGCCGUUCUUCACCACUUCAAACUUGUGGUUGGCAAACUUGUGUUUAACUGACUCAUACGCAUCUUCUUGGUCACACCCCACGACGGUCCAGCCGGCGUCGCUGAACCUCCGGGCGUACAUUGCACCCAUGUCUCCUAGACCGAUGAUGCCAAUGGUCUUGGUAUGCUGAAGCUGUUUGAGCUGUUCUAGUCCUACUACCACCAUUGGUUACAUGUGUUUG